UGUUUUUCUCUGAAAAGUGGAACAUCUCGAUCUUUUGUCUAUAAAUACCAAGCACAGCGUUUUCUUGCCAGGUGCCUAAAGGAAAUCCAGACCAAAGUGUUUUGGAAUGCAAAACAUUAACUGUCAGCAUAAUCUACUGAAGCCAGCUUGAGAGCUUUUUAUAGACUUUGGGUUCCUAAAAGGUGUGAUUUUUGUAGUGUCCCAUGCUAGUUUUUACCACCACCUUGAGUUGUCUGAAUCUGGGUUACCGUGUUUAGAUUCAGUGAGUGCGGUCUAGACGGCAGUGAGUCUGUUGUCUAACUGGCUUGUUGAAAUAGCGCUCAAGGAUGUCUGCUUCCCAAGAAGGACACAAUGACUUCAAAACAACCGCGGAGAGAGGAUCGGCAGAGCUGUAGCUUUUGUGUGUGUGUGUGUGUUUUUUAUUUUUUAUUUUUGUAGAAUUAGUCGGCUCGUCCUCCGAUGGGUGGGGAAUGACAGACGUAUCGUUUUGUUGCGCUAUAAGACUUAUUGCAUUUCAACGAUUUGUAUUUCAGCUUUUUUUAAACUUUCCUCUGCCGCCUGUAUCAAAAUGAAUGGAUGUUACAGUUGGACAGCGAAGGGCAAUACGAUUUUGUUUCUGAUGUUUUGGACCGGUGUGCCCAUACGUGUCCUCUCGUCCGGUACUAGCCGACCUAGCAAAGACGCUUUGAUUAACAUACUGGAUGUGGAUCCACAGCUGUGUUUUUUGCGCAACAAAGACCACUUUGCCUCUUCUGCGCAGGGGGUUCGUCCAUACACUCUCUCGCUAAACAAAGAGGACUACCAUUACGGUCCGAAGCCGAAGCACCUGCGUCCCGCCAGGCUCAUUCGUCUUUUGGGGUCGUCCUUCGACCCCUUCUGGAUGUCUAUCGAACGGCCGGCCGAGGCGGACACGUCCCCGCCUGCGAGUGAUGUGGACACGGCGGGCCAAACCUCCCGAAGGAACGAGACGUUGUCGUUUCCAAAUUACGCGAAGACCACCCAAAGCGUCAGCGUCAGGGCAACUUCCGAGCUAGCGGCGAGCGCCGCGCGCUAUCGGCAGAAACUCGAGAAGGAGGCCGCGGACUUGGACCUGAGCGCGCUGUCGGUGGACGCUGCGGCGUCGCUACGGAAAUGGCUCGUGCAGUCGGCCACCUGCAGCCUCCGCCACACGUGGGUGGACCUGGGCCCGGUCUUCUGGCCGCGGUGGUUGCGACACACGGACUGCGAGAAAGGCGGCAGCGCGCGCGCCUGCUCUUUCCCGAGCGGAAUGGCGUGCCGGCGCGCGCAGGUAACGCAUUUGAAAAUCCUCGCGUGGCACUGCUGGGGGCGCGGGGACGACGUCGGAGAGGACUGCGCGCGAGAAGCGAGGCGCGCGGAGAAGAGAACGGGCCCGUGCUUCUUGAGGAAAAAGUGUCUGUGGAGACAGGUUCCUUACCCCGUAGUCACUGCGUGUAAAUGCGCUUGCAAAUAAGUUUGAAGCACAUUUCAACGCUCGUCACACUUUUUGUAUGUAACGAAUGUUUGUACAGAGUUUGUACAUAUAUACUGUUAUUCCAUACCAUAUGUAUUUUAAAUCGAAUACAGCUAUAGACUUCUGCGAGUAGAUCUGUGUGUCCAGUCACAUAUGAGAACACCUAAUUUCCACUAACUAGACCUUGCUUUGUUUCCUAGACUUUGGCGAAAAGAUCGAGUAUUUUCCUGCUUUAGCACCCCUUAAUUCCGUUAUAGCAAAGCAAUAUAGCCCGAUGUGUUGUGUCCAAAUAAAUACACGAGAUCUGCUAUGAAACGUUGUUAAAUAAAAAUAUGUACUUUUUUUAAUAAAAAAAAACAAUCAAA